CCCGCGCAGUGCUGCCAACGCCCCGGUGGAGAAGCUGAGAUUAACAUCAGAUUUGAAAUACUUAAAGUGGAUACAAAACUAUUUCAGCAAUGCAGACAAUUAAGUGUGCUGUUGUGGGCGAUGGUGCUGUUGGUAAAACAUGUCUCCUGAUACCCUACACAAGAAAUAAAUUUCCAUCGGAAUAUGUACCGACUGUUUUUGAAAACUAUGCAGUCACAGUUAUGAUUGGUGGAGAACCAUACAUUCUUGGACUUUUUGAUACUGCAGGGCAAGAGGAUUAUGACAGAUUACGACCGCUGAGUUAUCCACAAACAGAUGUAUUUCUAGUCUGUUUUUCAGUGGUUUCUCCAUCUUCAUUUGAAAAUGUGAAAGAAAAGUGGGUGCCUGAGAUAACUCACCACUGUCCAAAGACUCCUUUCUUGCUUGUUGGGACCCAAAUUGAUCUCAGAGAUGACUCCUCUACUAUUGAGAAACCUGACAAGAACAAACAGAAGCCUAUCACACCAGAGACUGCUGAAAAGCUGGCCCGUGACCUGAAGGCUGUCAAGUAUGUGAAGUGUUCUGCACUCACACAGAAAGGCCUAAAGAAUGUAUUUGACGAAGCAAUAUUUGCUGCCCUGGAGCCUCCAGAUCCGAAGAAGAGCCGCAGGUGUGUGCUGCUAUGA